UGCAAGCGCAAAAACAAGAACAGAAAGAAAGAGAGAGUGAGCUCCCAUGGCGUCGUCGUGCCACGACGUGGAGGUCCCCGGCAAGCCGACGGAGACGGGGACGGCGCUGCUGGAGACGGCGACGGGCACGAUCCAGGGGUUCGCGCCGCUGGGGCAGAUCCACCAGCACCUGUGCGCGUUCCACUUCUACGCGGACGACAUGGGGCGGCAGGUGGAGGCGCACCACUUCUGCGCGCACCUCAACGAGGACGUCCGCCAGUGCCUCGUCUUCGACGGCCCCGGCGCCGGCGCGCGCCUCAUCGGCGUCGAGUACAUCGUCUCCGAGGGCGUGUUCCUGACGCUGCCCGACGAGGAGAAGCCGCUGUGGCACACGCACGAGUUCGAGGUGAAGGGCGGGGUGCUGUUCAUGCCGGGCGUGCCCGGCGCCGUGGAGCGCCGGGACCUGGAGAAGGUGUGCCGGACCUACGGCAAGACCGUCCACUUCUGGCAGGUGGACCGCGGCGACCCGCUCCCGCUCGGCCUGCCGCAGAUCAUGAUGGCGCUCACCCGGGAGGGGCAGCUCCGGCAGGACCUCGCUGACUGUGUGGAGAAGAAGUUCGGCGUGUCGUUCCAGAAGGAGAGGGAGAACCGGGCGUACAUGAGCGGGCCGGAGCACGGCAUCCACCCGCUGGCGAACGCCGCCGGCAAGGGCCUCAAGACCGAGAUCCGUGAGGUGGAAAUCCCGGCGACUACGACCGCCGGCGCCGCCAGGGUCUUCACCUGAUCUGAUCGCCGUGCGUGGCGUUGCGGGUGGUGGAUGGCUGGAUUCUGGUAGUAAUAUGCAAGAUAGAUAGGGUAGCUACUGGUAGUAGAAGGUGCGGGUUAGUCGGUGGGUGGUUGCUUGUGUCCGAGACACAGACUCGGCCUCCGCGCUCCGCGAACUGUGAAUUUCGGUAUAAUAAUAAUGGGUUGUUUGGAUCCCUUGCAGUGGAAAAAUGUGUGAAAUUCGA